AUGAAAACACUUCCAAAAUUCAAGCCGUUUGUGCAGGCAUGCUCUGACUGUGGAGAGACACAGAACAUAAUUGAAGAUUACAAAAAUGGAUAUCACGUAUGUGGAAGAUGUGGGUGUAUUGUAGGGAACAGAAUCAUAGACGAAGGGAGCGAAUGGAGAUCAUUUGGGGACAGUAAUAAGGUGGAUCCAUGCCGUAUUGGAAGUGCAAGCAAUCCAUAUCUUGAAUCCGAACAGUUAGAUACGAUGAUAAGCACCGGGGGUGGAGUAAACUCUUAUAUGCUAUCGAAGAUCCAAAUGAAGAACAGCAUGAGGGGCCCUGAAAGAGCUUUGAAGCAUGGUAUGAACCUCAUCACUGCAUUUUGUGAAAGGUCGAACCUAUCAAGGACGAUCAUUGAUAGAGCACAUUACAUCUUUAAGAAUAUAGAGGAAAGAAAGCUUCUGAAAGGCAAGAAUGUGGAGGGGAUUGUUGCAGCCUGCAUGUACAUAGCAUGCAGGCAAGAGGAAUGCCCCAGAACAUUUAAAGAGAUAAGUGUGAUGACUGCUGUGCAGAAAAGAGAGAUAGGCAGGUGCUUCAAGCUGAUAUCUCCUCAUCUGGAGAGAAUGGCAACCAUGUCUACUGAGAAUAUCAUAGCAAGGUUCUGCUCUGAUCUUAACCUAAGCAUCAAAAUCCAAAAGAUUGCUACAGAAAUAGCGAAGGCUGCACAUGAGUUGGGAUGCCUUGCCGGAAAGAGUCCGGAUUCCAUAGCUGCUGCAGUCAUAUACAUGGUGACUAAUCUGUUCCCUGAGGAAAAAAAGAUCCAAAAAGAUAUCCAGUUCGUCACUAACGUCACAGAAGUCACAAUAAAAAACACAUACAAGGAACUUGUGGCCUUCAAAUACGAUAUAAUUCCUGAGAACAUGGUCAAUAGAGAGAGCAUAGAUAAGCUCCCAGGCUAUUAA